AUGUACAUAAAUCAAUCAAGAAAUAACGAAUGUAAUCAGUCUAAUUCAUCAAUACAAUCAUUCAAUAAUCAAUAUUCAAGAAAUUUUUAUCGAUCAACUAUUUUGCCUUCGUAUACAACAAAUCCAUCAAACAGAUGUUAUUAUUUGAAAAAUUUUGAUUCAAUUAAAAUUCCACCUUUGUUUACUAGUGCCAAAACAUCUCUCUAUACAUCUAAAGAUUGGUUGAAUUUUGAAUGUAAUCAAUUUAUUAAUACUAAUGAAAUUCUAAAUGAUAAUAAAGAACUAAAUAUAGAAAGUGAAUAUUUAACUCGUGAAAUAGAUGAUCAAAUAUGUAAAAAUCAAUGGAAAUCAACAAAUGAAAUUUACAUUAUCAAACAAGAAAUUAAUUUUUGGAAAAAUGAAAUUGAAAAAUUACGUCAAAAAUUAAAUGAUACUAUUAAUGAACUUGAAAUAAAACGACAACAAAUAGAACAUUUUCUCAAUCGUAUAAUAUCAAGCCUUAAAAUAGUAGAAGAAAAUUUAUAUGAACGUGAAAAACGUCAAACUAUUGAUCUUGUUCAUGAUAAUGUAGAUUGUGAAUUAAUAAAAUUAAUCAAUAUGCUUAUUGAUGCAAAAAAUUCUAUUAACAAUGGCAUAAUUGAAAAAAUUAAUAAACAAAUUUAUUUAAAUCGAGAAAGAUUAUAUCAACUUGAAAUUGAAGCAAACGAUAAAUUUUAUGCUCUCCUACUAGAAAAUACUGCACUUAAUUUAACUAAUACAUUACUAUGUUUCAGUAAUUAUAAAAACAAUGUAUCAGGAGAUAUCAAUUAUUUGAAUUGGUUGAAACGUACGAAGAUUUUUAUUGAACAAAUUUAUUGUGAAAUUCAAAUAUCAAAUGAAUUAAUUUAUUCAAUAAAAAAUAUUUCUUAUAUUGAACAAAAUAUUUUUAAUCAAUGGGAAACUAUUGAUAUAGUAUUGAAACAACAUAUUCAUGAAAUAAAAUCUAUUCGUAAUUGUUUACAAGAUCAAUUAAAUGAAAUUAAUGAAAAUAUUUUAAAUACAGAAAAAACAAUUGAAUUUUUGAAAAAAACAAUUCAAAAUAAAGAAAUUUUUAUUAAUAUAAUACAAUGUCGAAUAUCUUUUCUUUCUUUAAGACCUAUAUUAGAAAAUAUAAAUGAUCGUGAAUAUUUAAAACUUUCUCAAGAAUUUAAUAAUUUACAAUAUUCAAUUGAUAAUUUACAAAAAAAUUUAUUUGAAGAAAAAUAUAUUUUACAACAUUUAUUUCAUCUUAAAACAACUAUUGAAGAAGAUUUAACUAUUAAAAAUAAUUCAUUAUUUAUAGAUGAACAAAAAGUUCUUGGUUUACAACGUACUUUUUCAUUUACUUCAUAA